CGGUCUCCAGUACCUCUGUGUGUUUCCUUCUCUCUCUUUCUCACUCACCUCUGAUAUUUCUAUAUUUUGGUGCUCUGUGUCUCUACGAUCAGGAUCCAACGGUCCACAAUGUUCGGGGCUUAUGCUGCUUGUUUUCCCCGGUUUUAGAGCUCCAAACCUUCAGAUCCACCUCAUUCCUCUCCAGAUCUUCCUUCCUGGAUAAGGUCUUGUAGUUGGAGGAGGAGCUUGUUUGUUUGUUGUACGAAAUGGAGACUAAACAGAAUUCGGUGACGGUUACGUUCAGUUACGGCGCGUUGACGUGCGCUGCGGAAGUUCUCGCCACUUUGCUGGCUUCUGCAGUCGUCAAAACCACCCUUUUGGCUCCGGAUCUCUACCGGCUCUUACUGAUCAACACAUCCCAGAGUGAAGACAAGCAACAUGAUGCAGAGGGGGAAGACGGUAACGACGAUGAAGGCAACGACGAUGACGAAGGAGAUGGUGUAUCCGGGGAGGGUGAAGAGGGAGAGGGUGAAGACGAGUUGUCAUCCGAAGAUGGAGGUGGAUAUGGCAACAAUUCCAACAACAGGAGCAACUCUAAGAAAACACCCGAAGGUGGCGCAGGUGGGGUGGAAGAGAAUGGAGAAGAGGAUGAAGAUGAAGAUGGUGAUGAGCAAGAUGAAGACGACGAGGAUGACGAUGAUGACGAGGAUGAUGAAGACGAGGGAGGUGAAGAAGAGGAGGAUGAGGGUGCUGAGGAUGAUGAAAACGAAGAGGACGAGGAAGAAGAAGAUGAGGAAGCAUUGCAGCCCCCAAAGAAAAGAAAGAAGUGAAUUUAGCCUAGUCAAGCCUCCUGUUUGUAUUGUUGUGUACGAAUUUGGCUUCUAACUUGCAUGUUUUUACUUUUUUGGGUACUAAACUUCCAUGUUGUUAUUUAGUUUAUAAGGAGGCUUAUGUAGGACAUGUUUUAAUUGAUAUCUAUCUUCACCAUUGCGUAAUUAGAAUGCUACAUUAUUGAGCAGGCAAUGCUAAAUUUAUGAGAGAAAAUUAUGAUCUUAGUUUUGACUUAA